GCCAUUUCUCUCCAUCUAAACCCUCCCGUCCCCUCCGUGGUGCGCGUCCCGCAGGUUAGGGUUCAGCAGAGGUAGGAUGUCGGCGCCGUGGUGGGAUUCCGACUGGUUGGACCGUGCGGCGCCUGAGAGCCGCGUCCAUGUUGGCAACCUCCCCUGGAGCACCGACGAGCGCUCACUCAAGGACGCCUUCGCCAGCUACGGCCCGCGCAGCGCCGAGAUCGUCACGGACCAGGAGACUGGCAGAGCCCGCGGGUUUGGCUUCGUCAACUUUGAGGACAACAAGUCGAUGAACGAUGCCAUCCAGGGCAUGAACGGACAGGAGCUGGGCGGCCGCAACAUCACCGUCAACAAGGCCAACGACCGCCCCCGCCGCUGGAGGGCAUGAACAACAGCAGCUAGGAGGUUGGCCGCCCCUGCCAUUUAACCUCUAGCUUAUCAACUUAGCGCAAGUCUCUUGUGGUUGUCUAGUUUGUGGAACUGAAAUUGAUCCUGCCAGUAGUCUCGUGUGGUGUUUAGUUCAUGGUCGUGAAAUGGAACCUGCCGACUGUCUGUAUUGCGCGUCCUUGUGGUUGUUGAACAUCCUGUUGUCGUUUAAUGAACUCCAGUGUUGAA